AUGUCGUUGGAAGCAUGGCUCUUCCUCCUCGGCGUCCUCCUCAACGCCGUCAACCUCUUCCUCCAAGUCUUCUUCACAAUCAUGUACUCGGACCUCGAAUGCGACUACAUCAAUCCCAUCGACCUCUGCAACCGCCUGAACAUGUACAUCGUCCCUGAAGCCGGCGUCCACGCCUUCAUCUCCAUCCUGUUCUUGAUUAACGGGUAUUGGUUGCCGUUCCUGUUGAAUUUGCCGUUAUUGGCUUGGAACGGGAAGAAGAUCUUCGAAAACCAGCACCUCCUCGACGCAACCGAGAUCUUCCGCAAGCUGAACACGCACAAGAAGGAGAGUUUCAUCAAGCUGGGGUUCCAUCUCCUUAUGUUCUUCUUCUAUCUCUACAGCAUGAUUGUCGCUUUGAUCCGGGACGAGAGCCGAUAG